CACACACACAGCGCUUGAUUGGAGGAGAGAAAACGAUUAACUAAACUAGUGUUCUCUCGUUUUCCAAGCUUCCUUCUUGCCGAAAAAGAACUUCCGGUACGUACCAACACCACACACGGCCGUAUAUAGCGACAGAUCUUCAACAGCAAUCUUCCUACUGUAAUGAAAUGGGAUAAGAAUUGACAUUGAUACUUUGGACCAUGGAGGAGCCAGAGAGUCUUGAUUGGUUGAAGGAGCUUCUUGAGGAGACACAACUGCAGAAGUUCUUUACCAGCAUACAUGACAGCCUCCAUCUAUCACGUUUGGAGCAUUUUGACUUUGUCAAAAGUGAUGACCUGGAAAAAAUAGGAAUGGGUCGUCCAGCUGUGCGACGCCUGAUGGAUGCAGUAAAGCGACGUAGACGACGGACAUUCCUUGAACGUGUUCUUAAUCGUAAAGGGGAAAGUCACAUCCAGACAACUAAGCCCAAGAUAAAAACAGCCAUUUCAACCCCAGCAGAUAAUCAUCCAGCAAGCAGUAGUGUGACACAGACCUUGACAUGUCUGAUUGGGGAAGCAGAAUUAACAUUGCUGGAAAGGCUUGGUGAUGGUUCAUUUGGAGUGGUACGUAAAGGCUUGUGGACAACACCAGGCCACAGAAAGGUUGAUGUUGCUGUGAAGUGUUUGAGAAGUGACACAGUUCGUCAAGCUGGUUUCUUUGAGGACUUUGUCAAGGAGAUUAAUUCAAUGCAUUUGCUUGAUCAUCCUAAUUUGAUUCGUCUGUAUGGAGUAGUCAUUGCCACACCCCUCAUGAUGGUUACUGAACUUGCUUCUAUGGGUGCCCUAGUUGAUCAGCUUCACAGUCAUCCUGAAGAAUUCUUGAUUACUACACUGUGCAAUUACACUGUACAAAUUGCAUGUGGAAUGGAAUACCUUGAAGCAAAGCGCUUUCUUCACAGGGAUCUGGCAGCAAGGAAUAUCCUGCUUUCCUCUAUUGAUAAGAUUAAAAUUGGUGACUUUGGUCUAAUGAGAGCAUUACCAUCAUCAGACACAUAUUAUGUCAUGACAGAGCACAAGAAAGUACCUUAUGCAUGGUGUGCACCUGAAAGUUUGAAAACAAGACAGUUUUCUCAUGGAAGUGAUGUUUGGAUGUUUGGUGUAACACUAUGGGAGAUGUUUACCUUUGGAGAGGAGCCAUGGCUAGGUUAUAAUGGCGCACAGAUUCUGCAUAAAAUUGAUAAAGAAAAUGAACGUCUUUCUAAGCCUGUCAGUUGUCCCAUAUCCAUAUAUGAGCUUAUGCAGCAGUGUUGGCACAUAUCUGCAGCUGAAAGACCAACUUUCAAACAGUUGAAGGAAAAACUAGUUCAGAUGCAACCUACAGACAUGAAAGCACAACAUAAAACAGAUGAAGAUCAUCCAGAUAAGCUUCGUAUUGAGAGAGGUGAUGUCAUUUCAGUAAUGGAUGGAAGACCAGACAAUUUAUGGUGGCGUGGCCAAAACAAAAGGACCAAACAAAUUGGAUUCUUCCAACGUAAGCUGAUGACAUCCCUUUCAGGAUCUCUAGACAGUGAUGAUAUAAGUCUUCCAUUAAAAGACAGUUUCAUCCAUACAGGCCACGGUGGAAUUGAUGGUGAUUCCUGGGGACAUCCACAUAGGAUUGAUGAGGUCUAUCGUAUUCCCAUGAAACCACUUGAUGAUCAAUUUGGCGAAAGUGAGGACAUGAGUGAGUCAAGACCAGUACUUCUUCUAUCAGACAGAUCAAAGAGAAACAGCAAAGACAGAGAUGUGUCAUCAUCAAAGCAUGAUAGAAGUUUAAGGUUAUCGGGAAGUCACUUUGGGAAGCGUCAAGUAAAGUCAGUCCAGAAUCCAGAUAAUGCAGAAAUACAUACAGGGUCUUCUGUGUUCUAUGUCAAAUCAUCACAGCAAGAUCAGAGAAAAGAACAAGAACAACGAGAUAUUGUUGGGACAGACACUGCAUUAUUAAUUGAUUUUUCUGAAGAUGCAGUUAAUAUUGCUAGUCAGGACAUUCAUGCAUGUCAAGAGAAAUCACAACCAUUGCUUGAUGUGUCAUUACCUGAUUUUGUUUGCCCAACUCCUCUUCAUCAAAUGCCAAGUGUACUGUGCCCCGAACCUACACCUGGAGUUGAUCCUGUAGCAUCUGUCCAGGGUGAAGCAAGCUAUAUUCCAUCUACAAGCGUGCACAACCAGCAUGGGCCCCAAAAGGUUCCUAUGCCAAAAUUUCAGGAUUUUCAGGCCAUGAGAUCAAAUCUGAAAAAGAGUAACCCAUUUAAGACCUCUGGCACUCAUGUGUCUAGUACAAGUUCACAUGUUUCUAAUGAGCGUACAAAAGUGGCCACAGAGAGUGCCAAGCACACCAUUCUUCAAAGAGACUGUUUGGGUAAUAAGUAUAAUCCUACGGGAUCUCAUGGGAUUCCUACUCCCAUAUUCCACACUUUAUCAGCACAAAGUCAACCCUAUGAUCCUGUAACAUCUGCCACAGACAUGAAGCAUUAUUAUGACCAUGUUCCUAAGGAAGAUAAUAUUCAACAGUCCAAAUCUCAUCCCCAAAACUGGGUUCAUUUUUAUGACGAAGUACCUGCCGAACCAACCGAGAUUGAAACUAAAGCAUUUAAUCAAACACCGGCUAUGGUUAACCCCCUGCAAAUAACUGCUUUGAAGCCGGUUCAGACUGUUCAUCAUUACUCUCCAGUUCCUGAUGAACAUCAAAUUAAGACAUCGUCCCAAAAUGCUGCUAAGAAAACUGCAGCCAUUUAUGCCACAUUUACUCUUGAGAAAACAAGUGCAACACAAGAUAAUCUUUAUCCAAGAUAUGAUGAUGUGGCUCUUAUAGAUGAAAAAGUUGAGUCUGAGCAAUCCCACUUGCCUAAACCCAAGCAGUACCCUGAUAUCUCAAACAAAACACCUCACGGUGGUACAAAGAGAUCAGAUAAAGUACCAUUGAUCAGUAAAACUCACAGUCAAGUUGAAGAUUUUUCAAAUGGAAAAAACCCAGAUGGUACAUUUAUGGUAUCAAGGCUUGUUGAAAAUGCCAAAUGUAAAAGCAGUAAUGUACACUCCUUUGCAUCUAGUCGGCAAGGUGCUGUGGAGACCAAGAAACCAGACUUACCACCCCGUACACCCACCCAAAUACAACAACCGGUCUCAAAAAGAAAACACUUUGAUCGCCAAGAAAGAAAAUCAGAUCCACAACUGUUGGAAAUAAAACAUGACUGGAGAACAUCAGCAGGAAAGGGGCAGGAAGAGUCAUCGAGCUGCCCACUCUUCUUUCCUGAUUACAGAGAAACCAAACCACCUCUCCCACCUCGAAAGCAAACUACAGAAACUUUUGAAAUGAUUGGGUCUCAUGACAAGACUUGUCAACAAAAUCCAAAAUCACUAACAGUCAUGCAAGAUAUGAAAACAGACUCCAGGUCCAAGAUCUUGCCCAUAGUAAAGGAUGGAGUGAAACUGAGUAACACUCAUUAUUUUCUUUUGCCUCCAAAGCCAUCUGAUAUUUUUCAAGAGUCUAAUAAAAAUUCCCCAACAAAAUCAGAAAUAUCGUCAAAUGAACCUUGUGUAUUACCUUCCUUUGGUGGUUCAAAGUCACCUACUACUGCCCAUAUUCGCCCCAUUAUGCGUGAUGGUAAACAAAUAAGUGAUACACAUUACAUCUUAACUCCAGGGCGAAACACAGUUUUUGCAGAUGCUCUUGGUACAAACAGCUCAACUUCAAAGGACAGUCUUGCAAGUGCAGAGAUUCAUCACUUGAGUCCAAACUUCUCAAAAAAGGGGUUUCAAACUCAUCAAACUACCUCAAAGAAGAAUACAUCUGCACUUCAAAAUGCAUUAGAUCUGUCAUCACUUUGUCCUAUUCUACCACAGUCUAGUUCCAAACCUCAAAGUUUUUUGCGACAAAAUAGUUCUCCUUUUAGUGGGUGUGCAACAGAUUCUGAUUUAAUGGCAUCUGAAACAAACUCCUCGGCCUCUGAGAAGAUUAAUCGGGUUCAGGCCCAUGUUCACGGUGUGACAAUGGAUGAAUGUCGAAAUGCACUCAUCGGAAAUUCAUGGAAUGUAAAUAGUGCUGUACAUGAACUCAAGAUCGAACAGCUGUUUCAACUUGGAAAUGUGACUCGCGAUCGGUGCGAGUCGCUUCUUUCCUCUUUGGGCUGGAAUUUACAAUUGGCCAGUUCAGUAGUGUUAGAAGAGUCUAUGCAACCCUGAUGUCUGUAUGGUGUAAAUCUAAUGCAAUUUACAAAAGCAAAGCAAAUGUUUUAGUAUAGAGGGGAGAAACACGUACUGGUUGUACUCUCCUAAAACAUACUGUGUCUUUGAAUGAUAAAGAUCUGAAAGCUGUGUUAUCGUCAAUCCAUGAGCAAUCCAAUUGAGAAUUCACAUAGCGCAUGUAGGGUAGCCAGUCUUAAGGUUUAUGAUCAGAGUUUUUUAGGUGGUCCAAGAGCAGUCUUUGUUAGACAGAUUCAGCAUAGCUGUAAAUCUCUUAAUAAAAGAAAUGGUGUUGAAUUAUAGAAUAAGACAAGUCACAAUAUCUCAGCAUCUAAGGCUAGUCAUUUAAAGCCAUUAUACACUUUCUGAACAGAAAAAAAAUUAAAAGUUCACAGAUUUACAAAUAACUUACA